CAUCAUAUAUGAUUAGGUUAGGAAAGUGAGAUAUGAGAUAAGAGCAGUGAAACAAUGCAGGCCACAAUCAGCAACCCCAAACUCACAACCCUCCCUUCUCUUUCCUCCAACUUUUCUCUCAGAUUUUCCCUCACUUUCCCACCAAACAUUACUACAAAGACGCCCAGCUUUCUUAGACAAUCAUCAUCCCACAUUCCUUUAAGAGUGUCUGCAAAUUCUCAAGCAGCAUCUGCUUCUACACAGUCCACUAAUGUACCCUCUGCAAUGAAAGCUUGGGUUUAUGAUGAAUAUGGCGGUGUGGAUGUUUUGAAGUUUGAUGAUAAAGUUUCUGUUCCUGAAAUUGAAGAAGAUCAGGUUUUGAUUAAGGUUGUUGCUGCUGCACUUAAUCCAGUUGAUGCAAAAAGAAGGCAGGGCAAAUUUAAGGCCACUGAUUCUCCUCUUCCGACAGUUCCAGGAUAUGAUGUUGCAGGAGUAGUGGUAAAAGUUGGGAGUAAAGUGAAGGAAUUAAAGGAGGGAGAUGAAGUUUAUGGUAAUAUAAAUGAGAAAGCAUUAGAAGGGCCUAAACAAUUUGGGUCAUUGGGUGAGUAUACUGCUGUUAAAGAGAAGUUGUUGGCUUUGAAACCCAAGAAUUUGGAUUUUGUACAGGCUGCUUCACUGCCUCUUGCCAUUGAAACAGCUGAUGAAGGUCUCCAAAGGACCGGUUUUUCUGCCGGUAAAUCUAUUCUUGUUUUGAAUGGUUCUGGUGGUGUUGGAAGCCUAGUCAUUCAGCUUGCGAAACAUGUUUAUGGUGCUUCGAAAGUUGCCGCAACUUCAAGUACUAGAAAUCUGGAGCUCUUAAAGAGCUUGGGCGCAGAUUUGGCUAUUGACUACACUAAAGAGAAUUUUGAAGAAUUGUCAGAAAAGUUUGAUGUGGUCUAUGAUGCAAUUGGACAAUGUGACAAGGCGGUGAAGGUUGUGAAAGAAGGAGGUAGUGUAGUUGCUUUAACAGGUGCAGUGACACCCCCUGGAUUUAGAUUUGUUGUCACUUCCAAUGGAGAUGUUCUCAAGAAACUCAAUCCAUAUUUGGAGAGUGGAGAGAUAAAGCCGGUGAUUGAUCCCACAGGGCCAUUUCGAUUCUCUCAGGUAGCCGAGGCUUUCACUUAUAUCGAAACAAACCGAGCCACCGGUAAGGUAGUUGUACAUCCAAUUCCGUAAGCAGCAAGGUAGAAAAUAGGGCCAUUUCGUAUUAGAUUAACAAAAUAUGGAACAGAGCAAUUGAAUCUUGAUGUAGAUGAUUUUUCAUUUGUAACUUUUGUUUUAAAAUGAUAUUCUCAUCUUGGCAAAAUUUCUAGUUACUCUUUUGGAAUAGAAACUUCCAUUGUAGA